AUGGCCAUGACUCCUCCGCCGAAACGCCUGUGCGGCCGCUCGCUGCUGGAUCUGCCCGACGACCUCAUCGCUGAGAUCCUCCUCCGCCUCCCGCCGCACGAUCCUAGGCGGCUCGUUCGCUGCUCGGCCGUCUGCAAGCCCUGGCGCCGCCUCCUCACCGACCCCGCCUUCCUUCGCCGCUAUCGCGCGUUCCACGGGGUGCCUCCCAUGCUGGGCCUUCUCUUCCACCUGGAACUCCCUAGCAAUCGUUUCCUCGCUCGGUUCGUCCGCACCACCUCCUUCCGCCCUCGCACCCUCGACCAUGCCGGCUGCUACGUGGUAGACGCCCGCCACGGCCGCAUCCUCUUCAGAAACGUCACCGGCGAGGAGAAUGACCAUGACCUCUUCGUAUGGAGCCCCGUCACGGAUGAGGUGUGGGGGCUGUGGAUGCCGUGCCCGUUCUACUAUUGGAACGUGGCGGUGCUCUGCGCUGCGGCCGCGCGCGAAGGGGGCUGCGACUGCGACCACCUCGACUGCCACGGCGGGCCCUUCCUCGUCGCAUUCGUGGACACCGACGACGAUGGGAUGACGUACGCCCGCGUCUACUCCUCGAAGACCGGAGCCUGGAGAGACGCGACCUACGCUCAACACCCCAAUGGCCUCGCGGACAUGGACAUGCUGGAACCCAUCGCGCUUGUGGGAAAUAGGAUCUACUUCCCCGCUGCACAGAGCAAGACCAUCGUGGAGUACGACUUGGGUCGCCGGAAACGCAUUUGUCGACCCGCCGUUAGCGCACCAAGGUCACGGUAUCCUCAUGCCGGCAAUGGGCGGUGGUCUGGGAGCAGGGCCUUGGAACUCAGCACACUGCCCGAUCGCAAGACUCGUGUCCCCUUGAACCAACCAACUGCGCUUGGCUUCACGGAGAUCUUGACGAAGGAAGAUGCAAUUGCGGUUGGCUUCGCGGAGGGCCUCGGCGUCAUCUUCGUCAGGACAAGCGCUGGCAUCUUCGCGAUUAACCUGGAGUCAGGCCAAGUCAAGAAGAUGUCCAGCAGAAGGCCCGACGUUGUCAUUCCUUACAUGAGCUUCUAUACUCCAGCUGUACUCUCCUCUAUGGCCAAUCCCAAGCACACGCCACAGAAGAACUCAAUCACAUUAAUUUUUGAAAUAUCACGACUCGGUUUGUUGGAAUCUGAGCUAUGGCAUGGUUAUGAGUUUAUCAAUUUUGGCUUUUCAGAUCAUGCUACGGGUUGA